GUUAUCUCCCUUUGACGAACAAUCAUCGGAUAUGUCUUGUUUGUUAUUCGCCAUUUUCAGUAUUAACCCUGGGUCGAGUGUGUAGUGUAUCAUCGUAUAUACAUUGACUCUGUAUAUGUUGCGGCAAAUGUAGGAAUGGUUAACAUUGAAGGAGAACUCCGAUGUUGACGCCAUGACAAAUGUAUGCGCGGGAGUGAAACGAGGAAGUUUUAGUAACUUAGUAUAAAUAAGCUCCACGCUGGCAGAUCGUCAUACGACGGUUAGUUAGGAAGUCGGCAACAAACAUGGCCGAGUCGGAACCCAUCCCCGAGGCUACAGAAGGCUACCCCCGGGAACAGAUCCUAGCGACGCUAUACGGUCAGGCUGUGGGGGAUGCUAUUGGGCUGUUGACAGAGUUUCUCACAAAACAGGAGGCAAAGGAGCACUUCGGCAAGGUGAAGAAACAGCUGGAGUUGGAGCACAAGGAUCUGUGUGUAGACUCGCACAGGAAGUCGUGGGAGGAGGGCGACUGGACGGAUGACACGGACCAGAUGAUACUCAUUCUACAGUCUCUUAUAGAUAAUGAUGGACAAGUGAUACCUGCGGAUUUUGGUGGGAAGUUAAAGACUUGGUCAAAGAAAGGUUUUCCUGAACUGAAUGAUGAGAGGGGCAUAGGACUUGGGAGAACCACCAAGGCAGUCCUGUCUCACCCCGAGUACCCCCAAGAGGCACAUAAGGCAGCGUUUGAUGUUUGGGAAGUGAACCGUAGAAAUAUCGCCCCUAAUGGCGCCGUCAUGAGGACGUCAAUUCUAGGGAUACACCAGUACUGGGACACUGACGCCGUGGCUGAUAAUGCCAUUGCCGUAUGUAAGACGAGCCAUCACGACCCCAGGUGUCAGGCCUCGACAGUGGCGGUGUCAGUCGCCAUCAGUCUGAUGUUGAGGAGGCAGGCUCAGCACAUCAAGAAGAACGGCAGCUAUGACAUAGACAAGAUUAUACAGGAGUGCUUCCAGGUGGCGUCUUCCAAGUGUCUAGAGACAGAUGAGCAGAAAAAAGAGCUGAAGAAGUACCUACAGUGUGGGAAGAUACAAGACCUGAAACUAUGUGAGUUGGGAAAGAUCGGCUACACCUACAAGUGCCUGGGCUGCGGGUUCUGGGCACUGAAACAGAAGGACUUCAGGAAGGCACUGCAGACAAUUGUUAUGGAGGGGGGUGAUGCUGACACCAAUGGUGCUGUAGCCGGAGCUCUCCUGGCUUGUAAGUUAGGAAUGUCUGCACUUCCGGUGUCAUGGGUGUCCAAGCUCAAGCACAAGGAUUGGCUGGAUGAAAAAAUUGAAAGAUUUCUAAACAUUUUGGUGCGAAUGAAAGACGGCAAAACAACAACAUCUCCAGAAGCUGCUGAUCAACCAAGUCAGGACCAAGAAGGUUAACACACGAAGAUCAUGACACUUGUAAAUGUCAGUCCUGUCAUCAACUUAUGGACAAAUUAAUAUCGUAUAAAAACACACGUUAUCAAAUUUGAUCUGCAUGUUCACUCUGAGAAUCACGAAUUUGAUAUGUGUUGAUAUUUCGUUUUAUGCUAACGCUGUGAUACUAACUGUAAUACUGUUCAGAGCAGAGUAAAAACCAGUUCACUCACUCGUUUUUGUGCUAACCUGAUCUUCCCAGUGGGGAAAUCUUUGAAUAUAUCAAGUUUCCCUCAGUCUAAUUAUAAUUAUGUACUGUGGAUAUAAGACGUGUAUAAUAUUGUUCGUAUAUUUAUCUGAACAUUUCAGUUUCCUGGGUUGAAACAUCUGUUUGCUAAAGUGGAAAUUCUUUUCUGUUUAGUCAAUACGUUUGUUGGACGAAGGAAGUGCUGUGUCAUCAAUCUUUAUUUACAGUUUCGCAGUAGAUGUGUAGUUUUUGCAGUUGUAUAUGAUGCAUAUUAAUGUAAAUGGCAUAGCAUAUUCUUGUGCACAGUCCAUAGAUAUUACCAGCGGUAGAGGAGAGUAGUGGCGGGUCGUCAGACCGGGUUUGAUGUACCUAUACAGGUAGGUGAAAUGUGUGAGUCUCAUUCCUGGUGCCUCCCAGACGUGAUAUAACUGGCAUUCUGAAGCUCACCCAUGUUUGAGUUCCUUGAGCAAAUUUAUCCACUUGACAUGAGUGCACAUUCAUUCAUUCUCUGGCACUGCCGUGUUGUAUUUACUUAGUUUUUCGCUAUUCGUUGCAUUGUGCAGUGCAGCAUCUUUGCAUCAUUUUCACCACUGCCAUAUAUAUUGUUUCCCUCGCCAUUAGUACACGGGUUUGUAUUCACUGCGUUCCUGCAUAACCCGUAAAUACAUACGGGCGAUGUGUGGCAUACUGACGCGUCUGUUUUAUGUCAA